GCAGAGACUGGAGGCAGGAGCAGCAGCAGCAGCAGCCGAGCAGCAGCAGCGGGCGGAGGAGGGAUGAGAGGUGAGGUCACGUCUCCCCUGAGCCCAGCGCUGGCUUUUCAGAGCUUCUUCGGGAGCCCCCGGCCAGAGUCCGCAGCCUCUGCAGACCUCCUGUCCUGCCCCCGCCUCCUCGGCCUCUCCCAUGUCUCAGCACCGCCCCACGUCGGACUCCAAGCGGUCUUUGGACGGCAGUCCUGAGACCCACACCGAGGAUGAGGCCCCCGAGGAGGAGGUCCAGAUGCCCCCCAACUACCUGCUGCUCACCAUCUUCUCCUGCUUCUGCCCCGCGUACCCCAUCAAUAUAGUGGCCUUCGUCUUCUCCAUCAUGUCUCUAAACAGCUUUAACCAAGGUGACAUAGAAGGGUCAAAAAGAUUGGGCCGAAACGCCAAGUGGGUUGCUAUUGCCUCAAUCAUCAUUGGCCUUCUGAUCAUCGCUGUGUCUUGUGUGGUCCACUUCACAAUGGACAGAUCUUGAUAAUCUGAAAGCCUACAACUACAACAAAGGAUUAACAGCAUCUGAGAAUGGCAGACCAGGAGUUUCUGAAGAGUAGCCCUUCAUUUCAGACUGUCAAAUCUUAUCCUUAUCUUCUCAGGCUUUCCAGAGGCUGGUCCUUGGUGAAUGAGCUAAAAAAAACAUCCAAUGUUUAUGAAAUAUGAGGGCCAUGACCAGAUCGGCCAAAGUAUCUAUUUGUUUCAAAGAAAACCUCCAUUUGCCAUCAGCCACCCCCACCCCUGAACCUCUUUCCCCUCUUCCUCCUUCCCAUCCUCUUCUUCCACCUCCAUCUCUUCCUCAUCUCAGGUACAGUGGGUGCUGAUGACCCUCUGGAAAUCCCAGUUGCUUUCCAUUCAUGUGGAGAAUUUCCUGGAUCUUGGGGUCCUAUUUCCUAUGAUCCCCAAGACCCAGACCUGAUGCUGUUUACACUGGCUAGCAUGUUUGUAGGCUGUUCUACCACCACCUAACCCUAAAAACUCAGUUGAAUUUGUGACUUUUUUUACAUGCUCAAGCUUCUGCAGAAUUACUGUAGUCCCCUCCUCCCUCAGUCUUGAGUUCCUUCAUUGAUUCCUGUCCAACUCUCAACCACUGAGGGGGACCUUUUAGUCCUUGAUCUUUGUCAAGUCUGCAUCUCCUUUCCUUUGACUACUUCAACCAUUGGACACCUUGAUAAACAGAUACCCUCCUCCUCCAAUAUGCCCUAAGUAUAUUUGGCCCCUCCCUCCAACCUGUGCACUACAAACCUUUGCUUCCUUUUUGAAUGAAUGGCUGCUGAUGGGAAGUGCUUUCUUCAUCUUUUCUAUACUAAACCUUCAGCAAGAUCCUUGAGUUCCUCAUAUGCUGUCAAAAUGUUGCUAUCUCUUCUCAGCUGCAUUUCUUUUCAGUCUUCUGUGAGUCUGAGUGUAUCAUCUCAUGAUGCCAUUUCCCUGCCUGCCAGGACAUGCUAAGCCCAAUGAUCUUGUCUAAAUGAAAAGGACCGGGAGAAGGGGGAGAGGGCAGCCUGGCUGAAUUGGAAAGACAGGCUGGGAGUUGGGACACCAGUCCUAGUUUUGCCAAUAGUGACUUGAGGCAAAUAUGGACCUCGUUUUUAGAAUCUGGAAAAUGGGGAUGAUAAUGGCUGCCCAACUUACCUCACAAGGUUAUUGUUGGGUGGAAAGAGAUUUGAGAUGGACUUGGAAAUUUUAAAGCUUCAUAAAGAGGUUAAUUGAUCAUUAUUAGCAAAUCUCAGGCUUUGGUUAAAACCUUAGACCCUACUGGGAAGUCAUUGGACCUCAAGUUUCAACCUUCAUUUCACUAAAAAAGAAACAACACAAGCCAUCCCUUGUCUCAGGUGAGCAUUCUGAUCAGACUGGGGUAAAGGACCACCCCAACAUCUUCCUCUGCGUCCUAGCUGCCCUGUUUCUGAUGCCCUGGUGGGCUUUGCUCUGUAUCUUUUUGUUGGUUUAUUUUCAUUGUUGGCUCUCUUCCUCAUUGCAAUGACGUUGUUGCUGGGAUGCGCAAUAAAA